UUUGACAUCAUUCGUAGUUCAUACCCUGGGCGAAAUGGGGACUCGAUUCGCAAUAUCGGUACUGGUUCUUUCCAUCGGUUGGUGCUCUAUAGUAGAUUCAAGUUCCCUGGUGGAGCGUCAAGACAUUCCAAGUGUGCUAGUUACCAUUCCGGGGCUUGGCGAAGUUCGUGGAACCACCGGUCAAACUGCUCGAAGUAAUCAGCCCAUUGCAAAGUUCUACAAUAUCCCGUACGCGGAACCACCGACCGGUGCCCGGAGGUUCAAAGCACCCGUCAAGGCUGCGGCCUGGACUAAUGUUCGAGAUGUUAGCCAACCGGGACGUGAAUGCCCGCAACCGGUCGCUGGACUUAAUCAGAAUAAUGAGGACUGUCUCACCUUAUCAGUGUUCACAAAAAAUACGGAGAAAAGCUUUCCGGUUAUGGUUUACAUUCAUGGAGGAUCGUUUUACUUGGGUUCAGCUGCUGAUCAUCCUCCGGAUUACCUGCUGGAGCGAGAUGUAGUCCUCGUGGUAAUUCAGUAUCGACUCGGUGUCUUCGGGUUCCUGUCCACCUUGAGUAACACCAUUCCGGGAAACGCAGGAAUGCUGGAUAUUAUAAUGGCCCUGGAAUGGGUUCGCGAUCACAUUGGAAACUUUGGUGGGAAUCCACAGAAAGUGACAGUAUUCGGACAGUCCGCUGGUGCGGCGGCAACGUCUGGUUUGCUGUACAGUCCGCUAGUUUCACAAAAUUUGUUCAAUCAAGUGAUUCUUCAGUCCGGGGGUUCGAUUUCAACUUGGGCUAUCGUUCCAAACCCGGUGGAGAAUGCGAAAGAUAUUGCUAAAUACGCUGGUUGCAGCGAAAGUCUUCCACUAGAAGCGAUUGAGCAGUGUUUGAUGACGGUCAAUACUGAAACACUGGUGAAUGCUUUGCCGUUGCAUUUGGUGAAUAUUUAUUCCGACGGAAUGGAAGACGUUGUCGGUAUUGGUAUGGUCGUUGGCGGCCCUUCGGGAUUUUUACAGAGGAAGCCAUUUGAUUCAGUUCGUCGUGGUGAGGUGCGUCGGAACGUCCGUAUGAUGGGAGGAGUUACAAAACAAGAUGGAUCCUUCUUGCUCAACAGUUUCUACGAUGUAUUGGUCAGUAGAAAUCUUACCAGUGAUAAUAAGUUCAUGCAGUAUGAUUUAGUCGAUACCGUCAAUCGGAUAGCAGGAUUAGACGAGGAAUCAGGAGCUUUAACGGCCUUUGAAAUAGAUGCACUUUUCAGCGAAGAUGAUCUGAUGAGUGGAAAUUUCACUCGAAUGGCGAAAGGACUGAUUGAUAUUGCUGGAGCCAUUACACUCAAGGGUCCCGUACUGAGAGACAUUCAAGCCAAUGUCAAAUACAGUGAAAUGGGUACCUAUCUGUACACAUUUGACUACGAAGGAGAGCACACCAGAUUUGGAUAUGGCCAAAACACGUCGCACUAUCCAUAUGAAGGUGGUGUACAUCAUUCAAACGAAAAUAUCUACUUGUUCCCCUCUCCGGUAGAGGUCGCGAAGCUCAAUGACCCGGAUACUAGAAUGUCGGAGAUGAUGGUUGAUCUUUGGACGUCAUUUGCCAUAGAUGGCGUACCCAAGUCGGACAGUGCGCAGCAGUGGCCACCAGUUGAUAGUUUGAUUGGGCCGUACCUGCACUUAAAUUCACCAGCAACGAUUGGUCAAAACUUUUACCGUGAGUUCACUGUGACCGCCAGGGAUGUAUCCAGUGCGGCACGCCACGUGGGAAUAAUCGCAUUGCUUCUUUCGGCUUGUUUAAUGGUCAUCUUCCAUUAGAUUUAAGAUUCGAAAUUAGUAAUGUACCUUAAAAAAACUAAGUAAUGUACGUAAAGUUUAGAUGAAUUUUGCUGACU